GAAGUGUACAUCUGACGAUGGAAGACCUUGAGAAAAAGGAGAUAAGAGGACUCAAAUACCUGAAACUGAGAGAAUGAGGGCACAUUCAUGUGGCAGUGACACACGCAGGAGGCAUGAAGCUUUUCCUUUUCCUGACGCUCUUCGCGGGGGCAGCUGCCCUGGAAGGAGAUGACAAGAUUGUGGGAGGGUACGAGUGCAGGAAAAACUCAGUGCCCUACCAAGUGUCACUCUACACCGGUUACAAUUACUGUGGGGGCAUUCUCCUGUCCAACGAGUGGGUGCUCUCUGCUGCACACUGCAGAUCCAAGUCAAAUGUGGAAGUUCGACUGGGAGAGCAUGACCUCUGGGAACCCGAGGGAACAGAGCAGCACAUCAUGUCUGCCGAGUUCAUCCGCCACCCUAACUACAACCCCCGCACGCAGGACAGCGACAUCAUGCUCAUCAAACUGAGCGAGCCCGCCACUCUGAACAGCUACGUGCGUCCUGCCGCGCUGCCAUCGGGUUGCGCCGAGGAUGGGACCGUGUGCCAGGUCUCCGGGUGGGGAAGCAUCCGUCCCAGCGACGAAGGCUCGAAGUACCCGCACAAGCUGCAGUGUCUGGAGGUCCCUCUCCUGAGCGACGACACCUGCUUCAACGCGUAUCCUUUCCAAAUCACUGAAAACAUGAUCUGUGCCGGAUAUCUGGAGGGAGAGAAGGACUCCUGCCAGGGCGACUCCGGGGGUCCCAUGAUGUGCGACGGAGAGAUUCAGGGAGUUGUGUCUUGGGGGCAUGGGUGCGCUCAGAGAAAGAAGCCCGGAGUGUACACGAAGGUUUGCAACUACGUGUCCUGGAUAAAGAAGACCAUGGCGUCUGGCUGAGAAGACAUCAGAGAAUUUACUUGUGAACUGCCAACAUCAGUAAAGUCGAACUACAUGA